AUGGCUGACCAACGGAGUUUUCUGUGUUUUCUCUUUCUCGUCCACUUAAUUUGUUGUCAAGUUUUUAAUGUACAACAACGAUUGUUGAUUGAAGAAUACGUCACCAAUGCCGUUGCAUGUCGCGGUGUGCCAGGAUUGACAUUGGGUGUUGUGAAAGGUGAUCAAUCUUGGACGAAAGGAUUUGGCUUUGCUGAUGUACAGAGCAAAAGGCCAGUUACAUCGUCAACGCUCUUUGGUAUAGCCUCCAUCACCAAGUCAUUUACAGCAGCUGUAAUGUCAAUACUUCUGGAAAAAAGUGACAAAAAGUACACAUGGAAUACCAAACUAACUGAAAUAUUAGGCGAUGGUUUUGAAAUGGAUAGUGAAAUAAGAACUAAAGAAACGACAAUAAAAGAUAUUCUAUCACAUAGAACAGGUUUACCAUCCGGCGAUAUUAGUGUAUUUGCAGGUUAUCCUGGUAAUAUUUACUCGGACCGACCUGAUCAAGUUAGGCGUUUGAAAUACUUAAAGGGAACCAGACCAUUUAGAGACAGUUUUAUGUAUAAUAAUAUCAUGUAUGGAUUAGCUGGCCAUGUCAUUGAAGUUUUGUCGGGCAAUACUUGGUCAGAGGAAAUUCGUUCAAAAAUCCUGAUGCCGUUGGAUAUGUCUGAAACAGAGAUAUUGGGCGAAACUGCAACAGAAAACGAUCCAGAUUUGGCUAAAUCCUACGAAUUUGUGGGAAAAGAGCGAAUACUUACCAGACCCAGUUUUUACCCGGGAAAUCCAAAUCAACCAGCAGGGGCCAUAGCUUCAUCAUCAGAUGAUAUGGUUAAAUACAUACGAUUUAUAUUGAAUAAAGGGAACGCAACUGGUGGUAAGACGGUUGCUGCUUGGAAGAAUCUGGAAAUGCUCUUUAAACCAUACACCACCAUAGGCAUGGCAGAAUGGACAAAAGCUACUUUCCCAAUAUCUGAUAUAGACUCCGGUUAUGGAUUUGGUUGGUUCAUAUCAAAUCAUCAAGGUUAUAAGAAAAUUUGGCAUUCCGGUAAACUGUCGGGGUAUGCAUCAAUGUUGUGGAUUUUUCCGGAAGUUGAAAUUGGUAUCUAUGCUAGCGCUAAUGGCCAAGGACCAGGUUUAGUAUCAACUAGAAUCUUCGAAGUGAUAUUUUCGUACAUUUUCGACCAAUUGCACGGAAAUCAACCGUGGUUAAAUGAAACGACAUCUUGUACCUUUCCAAUGCCCUGGAUGGUGGAAUAUACCCGUUCAGAAGUGACAGACAUUGUUGAUGAACCAGUGAGUACACCAGAGCAGUUUGUGGGCAGAUAUGGUCAUCGGUUAUUCGGAUAUAUUGACGUUAUGUGGAAAAACAAUGCCCUUAGUUUCAAAUCGGGUAAAUUAGAAGGGGUUUUGAAACCCACGCAUAAGAAGAACAUGUUGAAGCUGAAGAUUUCCGGAGAUCAGAGAGCUACAUUCGAUUUGUUGGAAGUCAAUUUUAGCAGGAAAAAUGAUGGGACAUACCAAGAUGUUCAAAUAGUCCUUACAGCAAACCAAAAGUACACAUAUUCUAGAGGCAUUGAGUUUGAAACUGCUACAGAUAUCCCUACCAAUGUAGCAUCAACGAUCUUUGGUCAAGUUAUGUCCACAAUUCUUAUUAGUUCCCCCCUAAUCAUAAAUUCAUAA